UACUGAAUUUCCUGAAUCAUCAUUUGAAAAUCUUGCUUCACCCGUUCAUCUUCCAACCAUUGUUAUUAUUCUUUUCUUCAAUUCCAGAUUCUAGCUUUUCUCAUUCACAAAACUCUUUAGAGCCCCAAAACCCAUUUACUCACUCUUCAUUGCAUUGUCUUCAACAGAAAUUGAAUCCUGGGAGUUAGACUGGUUAUUCCCCUGUGUUCGUGGUGUGAGAAACAUUAUACACUUUAAACAUUUGAGCCUUCCAGAUGUUCAGAUUGGUCUUUAUUUUUAUGAAAUCUCUUGCUUGCCGGUGCCAUGGGUCUAUAGCAGCCACCCAAACGCUUGAUAGAAUGCAAUGUAAACAUGAGUGUUUGCGUUUCUACUAGUCAAUCUUCAAUAAAUGCUGUUGUCUUGAAAGGUCGUUCUCCACUGCUGAUGAGCAGUAACAUUCAUGGACUUUGGUCCCGCGGAAUAUCCACUUCAUUUUCUUCUAGUUCAUUUCCUGGGGAGUCAGACAUAAAUCAUGUUGAUCUUUCUGUUUGCACAAAAUUGUCUUGUUCUACGGUUAUGGGCCAAACAAUAAGAGGGGGCUUCCUUCGAUCAUGCUGCUCCAAGCCAAGGGGAAAUACUCGAUUCUUUAGUUCUGUAGUACCUCGGAAGAGGUAUCAUGAAAUUUCACUGGCAUGCCAAAGUAUGAAUAUGAGGCUUUUGUUACCCAAACAAAAAUUGCUGCACAAAGUCAAGUGUAAUUUUGGUCCAGUCAGUUGGCUGCGGGGAUGUGCUUCAGUUGGCUUGAUUUUUGGGUUACUUGUAUGUAGUUCUAGUUCUGAGCCUGCUCAUGCCGAAUCACAUUCUGAGAAUGAAAAUAGGAAAGAUGACUGCAACGAGUAUGAGUUAAAUGUUAAAUUCUCACAUGGGAAGAAAGUUUAUACUGACUAUUCUGUAAUUGGAAUACCAGGGGAUGGAAGAUGUUUAUUUCGCUCUGUUGCUCGUGGGGCCUGUUUGAGGUCUGGAAAGCCUCCUCCUAGUGAAAACAUCCAAAGGGAGCUGGCGGAUGAUUUACGAGCCAGAGUUGCUGAUGAGUUUGUCAAAAGAAGGGAAGAAACUGAAUGGUUCAUUGAAGGUGAUUUUGAUACAUAUAUUUCACACAUAAGGAAGCCUCAUGUGUGGGGAGGUGAACCCGAAUUGUUCAUUGCAUCACAUGUUUUGCAGAUGCCUAUCACUGUAUACAUGUAUGAUAAGGAGGCUGGUGGCUUGAUAUCAAUUGCUGAGUAUGGCCAAGAAUACGGCAAAGAAAACCCAAUCAGAGUUCUCUACCACGGUUUUGGUCAUUAUGAUGCACUUGAUAUUCCUACAAGGAAGGUUCCUAAGCCACGUCUGUAGCAUUUCAUAUUCAAAAACUGACACAGAUUAAAGCCUGUAUUGGUUUCCUUUAGUAACACUUAUUAAGGUCAUUCAUAGGUCCAGUUUCCCAAAACCUUGUGCCUUUCAGAUCUUAAAGGCCACAGGUUCCAUGGCCACAGUGAACAAUGAUAUUCACUUUAUUCCUGAGCCAUGUUCAUGGUUGUUUGUGUUGUAAUUUUUUUUUUUUUUGGAGGCUGAAGAGAAAGAAAUGAGUCCCCCCUUGACUAUCUUAACCUUAAAGGUUCAAAGUUCAAACUAUCUACUAACUUUUGCGAACCCUUUCUGUGAAGGUAGAAAUAAUGGUAUCCCCUUAAGUCUGAGUUCACCACUAUUCAUUGAGAAAAUAUAUGUAAUGUCUGAUAAAGCUGGAAGUUGGGGCAAUUAUUGAGAUGUUAUGUUAUGGAUACCAUGUAUGUGGUGUAAGUUGUGUUCAGGGAAUUAAUGUUUAAUUUUUACAUAA